GUGCUCUCUGCCACCCUGCCAUGCCUUCAUGUCUUGCUUUGUACCUGCUGCCCCUCCUCUUGCUGUGUUUGCCCGUGGUCAGGGGAUGCCCAGGGGGCUGUGUUUGCAGGGAUAGCCACACCAUAGACUGCAGGGACCUGGGACUCUCGGAGCUUCCAGGAGGCGCCUUCCCGCUGGUGAUCAGGAAGAUCCUGAUGAGCAACAACCGGAUCCGGGAGAUCCCCACCGACUUCUUCAUGUAUCACCGGGACCUGGUCUACCUGGACCUCAGCAACAACUCGCUGUCGAGUAUCGCCCAGGGCACCUUCAGCAGCACCAACCUCAUCUACCUGGACCUCAGCUACAACAACUUCGCUCAGCUAGCGCCGGGAGCGUUCAGCUCGGCGCAGCGCCUCAUCAUGCUGCGCCUGGGCCACAACCCCCGCCUGAGGAAGGUCGAAGACGGAGCCUUCCUCCACCUCAACCUGCUGCAGGUGCUGGAGCUGAACGACAACGCGCUAGAGGCCCUGAGUGUGGCCACCCUCCGCUCCCUCCCCUCCCUCCGCACCGUCCGCCUGGAGGGCAACCCCUGGCUCUGCAAUUGCACCUUCGCCCAGCUCUUCCUGUGGCUCAGGGCGAACGCUGAAAUCCUCGCCACCGGCUUUGAUGCAAUCCAAUGUUCCUUGCCCAGGGAUAUGAGGAAGAUUACACUCAACGAGUUAUCCGACAACAGUUUCACAGAGUGCGAGUUCUCACUGACUCUGACAGACUACUUGAUUAUCUUUUUCUCUGGAGUUUGUGUCUCCAUCACUGCCAUUACAACAAGCUUCUUCUUGGCCAAUAUUGUUCAAUGCUUCCAGAGACUGGGAUUAUUCAAGGAAAGUGAUGAUGAUGAAGAGGAUCAUUAAUAGAAAGAAACAGACACCAAAUGAACACUCAUCAU